AUGCAACAACUCAAAGAUAUCGCUGAAGGAGGAGAGGAAAAAGCGAUCGAUAGAAUUAUUAAAAUUAUUGAUGAAACUCCGAGUUUGGGUCAUAUCAAUAAAACUCAACUUACAACCAUGCUCCAUUUUCUGGAAUCGGAAGCAGAGGUAAAAGACAAGGCACUGAAAAUUAAAGUUGAAGAAACAAAAGCAUGUAGAGAAAUUCUAUCCAAGCUGCAAUGCACGUUAAAACAAAGCGAAACCGAUAUUAAAUUACUCAAUAAUAAUAGAGAUCGAUUGAAAAUAGCCGUAGAAACUCUUAGGGCCCGAACAGAGGAGAUAAAAAGGGAAGAUGAUAUUUUGCUCGAGACAAUUUUGGAGCAAAGAAGGAGUAUUUUGGAUUUGGAAAAUUUUGCCAAGCAACAAGAGUCAAUGAUCAAAGAAACUAGAAAAGAAACCAAGGCAUACUUAGACACCAACGCCGAGCUGAACCAAAUUAAGGAGACGGCUUUGAAAGAACGGUUCUUGAAAAUUAAUCAAAAAGAGCGAGCAAUGGACAGGUUUAAGAGACAUGUCACCAUUGUAAGAAAAAACCUUAUUCAUGAUCCAUAUCAGUUUUUCGGCACAGGUGAUUCUGAAAAUGGAGCAGAUAUUGCGGAACGAAACGAAUUGGUAUAUGGAAAUAAUUUUGGAGCUAACGCUAAGGAAAGAUUCAAAAAGAGGAGGAACAGUACUGGUAAUAUCUUGAAGAAUUGA